GACUAAAUCGUGAAAAUUCUUCGGGCUCCAAUUGCGCCUGAUUGUGUCUUCCUCAUCGCGUGAAGGGUGAAGAUCUCAGAACAUUUGAGAUUCAAAGGAAGACAAUCUGCUACGGAAGAAAAUAACCGGCUAAGGAAGAGUUUCUGUGAUUCUUCCUAUUUUCUACAAUUCUGAGCCAUAUCCUUCCCAUUAGAAGCAAAACAAUCGUCUCCAUUGAAUCGUCGAUCAGUUUUCAAUUGGGGUUUCUGAUCAAACCAUGUCGCCUCAACCAAAUAAGUGGUGUUGAGCGCAUCAAAAAUUCAAAAGUGAACAUGAAAUUACAUAGUAAUCUCAUUACCCGCUACUGACACCUCUAUGGCGUUUCAAGUAUACAUUAAACUACUUCUGGAGUUUAACAGAGGAUGGAAUGGUACAUGGAUAUUCUGACUUCAAUUAUAUUUGCAAGUUAGAUAAAAUUAUUAUCAUGGAGGGUCAAGUGGAAAGUUCUCAACUGAGCAGUGUAGGGAGUGAUCAAACUAAUACCUUGAUGAACAUAGGGGACCUGUCUUGCCUAGCUUUAAAGGAAUGGAAGAAUUCUCCUCUUGCAUUGCUUCUUGUGAUCUCAAUAACAUUCAACCGAAGGGUGGAAUUUUUACGUGGCAUGGAAAAACAUCACUAGGCAAGGUUUGGAGGAGACUGGAUAGGGCUCUUGUGAACACUUUUGCCAUGAACUUCUUUGACGACAUCUCUCUUCGCCACCUCAGCAGGAGUGGCUCGGAUCACAAACCAAUCCUUCUAAAAAGUGUUAUGAGCUCCUACAAAGGGCCCAAAAUGUUCAGAUUUCUUAACUUCUGGCUGAACAAGAGGCACUUGUUAAGCAAUUAUCUUUUGAUGAUAACCCAACUGAUGAGAACCGUACUGCUGGCUGCUGCUAACUUGGCGUCAGCCAAAUUGCUUAUUGCUUGCAAGAGGGAGGCUAGUUACUGUAUUCUGGCCACGAGGCUUAGCACAGUUAUCAACAAAGUCAUAGGGCCUGAGCAAGCCAGAUUUCAGCACGGGAAAUCAGUUGAUGAUCAGAUUCUUUUGGCUCAAGAGAUGGCUCACCAUCUUGAUCGUAAGGACAUAAACUGGAAUAAAUCAAGAUUCUUUAUGGGCUCCAAGGCUUCUCUUUCCCAUAGAGAAAUAGCAAAACAGGCCCUUAACAUGCAGGAGGGUAAACUCCCCUUUACAUAUCUUGGAGGUAAUAUCACUAAAGGCAAACUGCGUAAGGAGGACUGCCAACCUAUCGUCAACCAUUUUGAUAAGCUUCUGAAUGCUUGGUACUCCAAGGUACUCAACCCGAUGGGAAGACUCAUACUCAUCAAACACGUCCUUUCUUCUAUCCCUCUUCACCAUAUGGCUAUAAGCGAGCUUCCAAAAUCAGUGAUUCACUUCCUCCACGCCAAAAUGAGCAAUUUUCUGUGGGGAUUCAGGGGUGGAAAGCCUAAACGACACUGGAGAAGCUGGGACAAGAUUUGCAGGCCGGUUCAAGAGGGUGGACUGGGGGUUCGGGAUCUCAAUGAAAUCCAGCAAGCUUUGUCCCUCAAACUCCUUUGGAAAUUCACAAAUAUAGACAACCUCUGGUCCUCAUACAUGAAGGCUAAAUACAUCAACAAUAGAGCUAAUAUCAAGGCUAAUCUUCCCGACUCACCCAACUGGAAAAGGAUAUGCAAGGCAUACACAUACCUGGAUGAGGAGGUAAGAGACUAUUUCUUAAACUCCAGUUUCUGCAUGAAGGACAGCUACAACCUGGUUCGGAGCUCAUCUCCUACUCUCUUCUCAGCUAGAUACACAUGGAACAAGCUUCUACCUGGAAAGAUUUGUUUGUUUCAAUGGAAAAUACUUAAUGGUUGCAUCCCUUUUCCAGAAUUCCUUCGCAAAAUGAACUUCAAUAUUCCUUCGAGAAGGACCAAGGUUGAGAGAAGGGACAACGCUAAGACAAUAUCUUCUCCAAUGGUGGGUCUCCGGCCGGCCUCCUCGAAGCACAAUUUGAAAGGGAUUCUUCGAGCUUGCAUACCAGGUUUUAUUCUUUGGGCAAUUUGGAAAUCCUAUUCUGCCCACAUGUAUGGUGGAGAAGCGAUCAUUUUUAUGCAAAUCCGUAGAAGCAUUGUGUUCAUGACUCAAAAUUGGGCAAACAUGCACUCAAGAAGACCUUGGAUGAUGAAAGCUAAUGGACUUGAGGACAUUGGACUCCGUGCUUGCUAGAAUAGAGGGGGCAACGUGCACUAUUCUUAUACAUUUUUUUCUCCUACUUUUAUGUAUUGUUCUUUACUUUCAGGGCUUUGGUUUUGUCCUCUCCGAACGUGUUCUUCACCCGCUUUCAAUAAAAUUUGGUAAGGGUG